CAAGCAUCCUUCAUAGUUUCCUACCCUGUUGAGACUUAUUGAGACUAUACUGUGAAUAAUUAUAUAUUUCGUACCAUUUCUCUUACUGUUCACAUUUGAGGUCAAUAACUUAAGAUAGACCGUCCAUAACUAUUUUAGCCGCAUAACUUGCUACCGGUGACAAUCCGAUGAAAACUAUGGUCUUUAAAGUCACGCGACUGCAAUGCGAUCAAGGGUUCUAGAAGGUGCUAUCCACGAGGCAAUGGGACAACUUGCUCAGAUCUAACUCAACGCUUCGAUUCACGGCGAGCUAAAACUGCCCCCUGUUCAAAAUGGAGAAAAAGUUUGACUUCUUAUUCAAAUUACUCCUUAUCGGGGAUAGCGGUGUUGGUAAGACAUGUAUAAUAUUUCGAUUUGUCGAAAAUACGUUUAAUACCGCAUUCAUCACAACUAUUGGCAUAGAUUUCAAGAUCAGGACAGUGGAAAUUGGUGGAAAGAAAAUCAAGUUACAAAUCUGGGACACUGCUGGCCAGGAAAGAUUCCAUACCAUCGCGGCCACAUGUUACCGGGGAGCCCAGGGGAUCAUGUUGGUGUAUGACGUCACCGACGAAAAGUCUUUCAAACACAUUCCGAAGUGGAUACAAAAAACUCAGGAGCUUGCCAAUCCUGAUGUAAUAAAGAUGUUGGUAGCGAACAAAUGCGACCUCAAGAAACAAAGAGUAAUCACAAGAGAGCAGGGAGAACAGCUUGCACAAAAUCUUGAGAUUCGUUACCUGGAAAUAAGCGCUUUUUCAAAUAUGAAUGUGGAAGAUGCAUUUGAGGCACUGACACAGGACGUUUUUAACAAUCAUGUCUGCUUGGCUGCGGAGAGCAGGCCUGCUCUGACAGUAGAAGAGAAAGCUAAGCAUGCCUGUUGCUUCCAUUAGGAUUUCGCCAGUAUUUCAUGAUGAAAAGAAAUUAACAAUGAUUUAUGAAAGGAAGACUAUUUUGACCAAAGCUUAUCAAUUUGCAAGCAUGUCGAAUUCAGCAGGGGAUGUUUUUGGUAGGGAAAAAUGUUUGCUGAAACUGCGAGACACAACUAAUAAAUUGUUGACAUUGAACAAAUAGUGAAGGUAUCGGUACCAUAACGUCUGCUAUUGUUAUUAACUGGCUGGUGAAACAAAAGGUUCUUUUGUUUAACUUGUUGGACAUGUAAAUAGCAGAAACAAUGUUUGUGAACAAAUAUCUUCCUAUUAAGCAAUGUGUAAACAAUAAAAUAAAAUCUUGAUUACAUUU